AUGCACAGCAUCGCUUUGGCAUGCUUGGCUUUUGUGAGUUUUGCUGAUGAGUUUCCAGAAGCUGUGGAGGAGGACGCGUUGUCACUCGAUCGUUUGUCCAAAGUAUUUUCACUAUGUGAUGAUGGUGAUGGUCGCCUCUCACUGAACGAGUUGCUUCAUUUUGCGGAGAGGGGUCGCCAAAGCUUGGCACUCAAAGAUACCCAAGUGGCCAUGGAGGAGAUGGAUCUUGACUCUGAUGGUGUUGUCAGCUUUGAAGAAAUUCACGGCGGCAGUGACCUGGAGCCAAUUGACGAGGAGGAUCGAAAGGAGUUGGAGCAGCGCCUCCUCGAGGACCGGCGCCUCUUCGAUGCUGCCGGUGGCGCAAAGGAGGCUUUGACCGUCUCCGAGCUGCGGAGUUUGCUUUACCCAGAGACAGACAAGGUGGUUUUGCGCCUGGUUGCAGAAAGUGCUUUGAAAAGAAAGGACCUCGACAAAGAUGGCGAGCUCUCCUUGCAAGAGUUCUGGGAAGGUGAUGUGACCGCAGGAGGUCCUGACGGACAUCAAGAAGAGGAAGCAACCUUCAAACUCUUAGACAAAGAUGGCAGUGGUCGCUUGAGCGUGGUGGAGCUGAUGGAUUGGGAGUCUGGAGUACAUCACACGCAGGUGGCCUUCAAGGUCAAAAAGUUCAACGAGCAGCUCAAAUUUGUCAGCAAAUGCUACCAGCCUUCAGCCGGUCAUUGGUCAUCAUCCCAGAGAUGUCAUCAUGGAGCUGUUAAGGAUGUGUGA